AAUAAGAUUGGUGAAUAAGAGACUAAGAGUGGAGUGGGUGGGUAGGCUAAAGAAGCACGUGAAGAAGGAGAAGGGCAGCGAAAAACAAAGGAAGCUGAAAGCCAAAUCCACCCUCUUCUCUUCUUUUAUCACCUUACAUGGAGAUGGACUCACUCAACCCAAAAUGUCUUCCGCGGAGGACAAGGAUCACGGGAUCAUGCUCUUCGGCGUGCGCCUCACCCUACCCGAUAAUAAUAACCCCACUUCCUUCCGAAAGACCGCCAGCAUGACCGAUCUCUCCCACUACCACCCCGCGCCGCACCAUCCCAACACAGGCUACGCCUCAGACCACGUCGUUCAUCCCUCCCAUCGCACGCGCCACCGCAAGCGUGGUGUCCCCUGGACCGAGCAAGAGCAUAGGCUAUUCCUGUUGGGAUUACAGAACGUUGGAAAAGGAGAUUGGAGAGGGAUUUCUAGAAACUUCGUCAAGACUCGAACGCCCACUCAGGUCGCCAGUCACGCUCAGAAGUAUUUCCUCCGCCGUCACACCCACAACCGCCGCCGCCGGAGAUCUAGUCUCUUCGACAUCACCACCCACACGGUGAUGGAAUCGUGGAUGGUAAAGGGAGAGGAACAAGCGGUUGCAUCAGGUAGGUCGAAACCGGUUCUGCCGGUUCCUCCGUCUUCGAAGAUGGAUGAGUUGGACUUGAAUGGGAAGUCACUGUCGCUGAAGCUGCCGGGGACUUUUCAGGCUAUGAGUGUUGAGAAUUUUGGCGGUGGCGGGGAUAGCAUUAUCAGCGUUGCUUGAACAAAGUCAUUAAUUAAUUAAUUAAAUGUGGUCUUGAUUGAAUUUUUUUGUAUGUAAAGUAGAGAUGAAGAGGGUAAGAGAUUAAUUAAAAAUUGAAUUGUGUGUAUGCAUAUAUGAUUAUGAUUGCUUGCAGGAGAAUGGAUAGGUUGUAGGGAACUCGGGAAAUUGAUUGAAUUGGUUGUUUUGGUGUGGGUGUGAGAGGAAGGAUGAGGUGUCGCAUCGUUGGGUGUUGGGGGAUUGUUGUUUAGUUUGUCUCUCUCUGAGGUGGGACUGUGAAACGAUGGGGCACCUGUUCUAUGCCAUAAUGCCAUUGGCCAACUUGUUGCCAUUUCAUUGGUAUCUAGAAAAAGAAAAGGAAAAAAAAAAAAAAAACAGUU